AACGCGUUGCAGUUGCAGAUCAGAACAAAGGUUACAAGCAGCAGCUCUUCCAAGCGCUGACCUCUUACCAAUGCAAGCAGCACCUUCCAUAUGCUGCAAGUGGAUGGUCAGCCUCGGAAUACGUGCAUCCACCAAGGCCAAGAGAGGAUCGAUGACUAGGCCCGGGUAUAUUCCAGGCUUCCAGCUGCGCAGGAAGAAACCACGUCGUACUGUAGUUGACUGGCAAGAAUAAUAGGCCAAUAGCGUCCCAGGAGGAAACUUCUUCGAAAAUUCUGUGCCUUCAAUUCUCACAGCCAAACCGUCCUUCCUUGCAAUGUACUGUAACUUGUACAUCUUCGCCGAAACGAGAGCCUGCACACAUCCCUUUGUGGCUUUGUUUAUCACUACAUCUUACCUGCACAGCCAAAAAGUGAUGGAUGUCUUGUGGCAGUACGAUGAAUCCAAUCGCUAGGCUGAGGAAAGGACAGGCCUUUUAGUUUUGUUGAUUCAUUCUUGCCUCUAUCUUAUGCUUGAUUGUUGCUUUCAUUAGCCACCACCAGGCACCAGCAAGAAACGGUAUAUGUUUGAAUCAUUCCUCCAGAACUCCUGCUGGAUGACAUAUAUAUUUCUUUAUAUAUAUGUAUGUAUAUAAAGAGCUUGCUUCUUCCCUGGUGGUAGUUGCUAGCUGGAGUAUAGCAUAAUAGCAAGCCCUUGCUGCACAUGGCCGAGGUCAGCGCCCGCGGUUCUCCCCAUUCCUUCCCCUCGUCACCGUUGCCACCAGCGUCGCCGCCUCAGCCUGGCGCCGAGAGGAUGUUCAUGCGCGGAGGGAGCGGCCGCUCAACCGGUACCAGCAGCAGCAGGAGCGCCAGCCUCAGAGAAAUUGCCGAGGAGGCCGCGGUGGUAGCCGAUGAUGGCGGUGGGAAGCUUUAUGUGGCCGUUGGUAAGGACUUCAAGGAUGGCAAGUCCAGCCUCAGCGCGGCUCAGAGCCUUGGGCUCCUCGGCGGUGAUCUCAACCUUGUCCUGCUGCAUGUCCACCAGCCUGCCGACAGGAUUAUGAACGGAUUAUGCAAGGUUCCUGCAAGCCAGCUAGAAGAAAAGGAACUCAAAGCAUACAGGAAGAUUGAACAGGACGAGAUGAACACGCUUCUGAACCAGUAUAUGACUUACUGCAGGCUGUAUCUGAAGGUGCAAGCAGAAACACUGGUCAUUGAGAAGAACAAUGUCGCAAAUGGCAUCGUAGAGCUAAUUAAUCAGCAUAGCAUCACAAAGCUUGUCAUGGGAAUGUCUUCCUUCUCAACGAAGAGGAAAGUACCCAAGUCAAAAGUUGCAGCCAUUGUGCAUCAACAGGCCAAACCGUAUUGCCAGAUAUUCUUCAUUUGCAAAGGAUCUCUUGCUUGCACUAGGGAUGCCAAUCUGGAUUCUAUAAAAGCUGAUUCACCCAGAAGCAGUUCUGCAAGCACUCUGUCAGAUGAAACUGAGUUACCUGCAAGAUCAGUGUCACUUCCACCAGGGCAUCCUGGUUACAUGGGCUCUCCUGAUCAACCAUUCCUUCCUCGACGGUCAAAUUCAGUUAGUUACCCCUCGCCAGUAUUGAUAGCAAACAAUGUGGAGAGGAUGUUGCAUAUAGCGCAGCACUCGAUACAUGUGAAACCAAGAAAUUUGUCUCCGAACUCCAGCCACCCAAGCAACGAAGGGUCUUCCUCAUCAAGUCUAAAGGAUUUGGACAGUAUGGAUGGAUCACCAUUACCAGCUUCAAUAGUCAGCUCUGAAGAGCAACAAAUGCCCAUGGUGGAAACUGGCAUGCAGAAUGAAGUGUUUGAGCAACUGCAGCAAGUCCGCAAUGAGCUGGAACGCUCAAGAAAGGAAGCAUCUGAGGGCCGGCAGAAAGCCGAAAGGGAUCUGUUUGAAGCAUCCAGGAAGUUCAAAGCACGGGAAAAUUCACUCCUCAAAGAAAAGAGGGAGGUAGAGGAAAGACUGGCCAAAGAAAAAGCAUUUCUUGAAAAAGAGAACUUUCAGAUAUUCAAUGAUCUGCAGAAGGCAAAUGAGCAAAGGGCAGAAAUGGAGAAUAAGCUUCUCCAGACCAACUCUCUGUUGGAACAGCUCAAACAGCUGCAAGGACAGCUGCAGCGUGAGAAAGAAGAUGCUCUAAGAGAAGCUGAAGAGAUGCGCAAACUAUACGGCAACAGCAAUUUUAUCUCUGCUGGUGCUGGUGAAGUUUCCUUGACAGAGUUUAGCUACAGUGAUAUUCAAGAAGCGACCAACAACUUUGAUGAAUCUAGGGAGAUUGGGCAUGGUGGAUGUGCAAGCGUCUACAUGGGUUUUCUCCGCCAUACCACUGUGGCCAUAAAGAAGUUCAACCGAGAAGGCAUAGUAGGAGAGAAAGAGUUCAACGAUGAGGUCGAAAUUCUAUGUAGGAUGAGACAUCCGAACCUUGUCACUCUUAUAGGAGUGUGCAAAGAUCCAAAAGUGCUGGUUUAUGAAUUCUUGCCAAACGGAAGCCUAGAGGACCGCCUCCAAUGCAAGCAGCACACCGAGCCACUCCCAUGGAGAAUGCGCAUCAGAAUUGCAGCUGACAUCUGCACAGCACUUAUCUUCCUCCACUCCAACAAACCAAAAAGCAUCGCCCAUGGUGACCUGAAACCUGACAAUGUCCUCCUUGAUGCUAACUUUGUAGGCAAGCUGGGGGACUUUGGAAUUUCUCGUUCCUUAAAUCUGACAAACACCACUGUCACCCCUUACCACAGAACGGAUCAAAUAAAAGGCACACUAGGAUACAUGGAUCCAGGGUACAUUACUUCAGGGGAGCUCACAGCGCAGUAUGAUGUCUACUCCUUUGGAGUUGUACUGCUGCGUUUGCUAACUGGUAAGAGCCCCCUAGGCCUUCAGAGUGAGGUGGAGGCAGCCUUGAACAGUGGGGUGUUGCAUGAAAUACUUGACACCUCAGCAGGGGGCUGGCCUCCUGAGUUCGCUGAAGAGUUGGCAAGCCUAGCCCUGAAAUGCUGUCGGUAUGAGAGAAAGGAGCGCCCUGAUCUUGCAAAAGAGGCAUGGGGUGUCCUGCAAGCUACGAUGAAUGAACCGACACCCUCUUCAUCACUUCCUCCAGAGGCACCAUCAUAUUUCAUCUGCCCAAUGACACAGGAGGUCAUGCGAGAUCCACACAUUGCUGCUGAUGGAUUCACAUAUGAAGGUGAGGCUAUAAAAGAUUGGAACCAAAGGGGGCAUAAAAUGUCCCCCAUGACAUACCUUAAUUUCGCACACCAUCAGUUAAUUCCUAACAAUGCCCUUCGUUUCGCUAUACAAGAAUGGCAAACAAAACAGCAGCAAUAAAUUUGAGUUUCUGACCCUACAUUUGGUUUGCACUUUAUGUCAUGUUUCUGAAGUAAGCCAAGUGGUUUUUUAGUGUGAAUACAUUCUAGGAAGCAUUUUUUGACUUAAGCAGUAAAUAUUUUUUUUCAAAUUUUGGAGCUGGACAUAAAGCUCCAUGUGCAUGCCCCCGUGAGGGCUCACAUAUUUGGGAUGAACUGAUAUGUAACAUAAUGUAAUAUAUUAGCAAGAAGAUGCAAUGUUGGAAUUACCAAUAGAUGUGUGUGCCCAUUUCUCUCCAUAUUUGCAAAGUUAUGGCCAAUCGGAUGAAUCGAAAGUUUGGGUGGCUAAGUUGGUAACUGAAUACCCAUCAGCAUGGGUGAUUCCUGAUCAUGUUACUACUUGAGAAAUUAACUAUGAGAAAUGUGAUUUUAUAGCUAGAAAUGCUGUCGUUAUUUGAUACACAGCAUUCGUGCAUUGAAUCUAGUAGCACGAAAGGGACUUCGGUUGAUUGUGUGCGCUGAGGAACAAGUUGGUUUUCACGAAUCGGGAACGGGGAUUAUUGAGCGUGAUUUCCCUCCCCAUGGCUUGCUGGCUAGACUAGAGAGCAGAUUAGGUGAGAAACAGAAUAAGAUUGUUGUUCCAUGGAGCGUCGGCACGGA